AGGUUCGUUCGAGGAACAUACUAUAAAAAAAAAUAGCACUAAUGUUCCAGACUGCUGUGGAUUUAAGAUAAAUAUUGGCAAUAACAAUGGUGCAUUGUAUUCUGCAGACAAACUAGGUCUAUUAAAAAAGGAAGACAUUAUGUGUUUAAAAUCAUGGACUAUUAUAAAGGGAAAGACUUCUGGUUUAUUUAAAAUUAGAGGUAAACUGUGUGAUAAAAAAAACUCAAUUACUGGAAAAAUGCAUGAUGCAGGCUUCAUUAAAAAAACAAUUAAAAAAGACUUAAUCCAAACAACAAAUGGUAAGUACUAUUUAAUUACACCACCAGCUAAACCGAAGAAUGAAUUAAAUAAAAAGUUUUAUACAUUUUGGAUGAAAGCCGGAGGAUUUCCCCAGAAAUUUAACAAAUUGUAAAAAUAAAAUUAAUUUUAAUUUACUAUUUAAAUAAUUAUACAUAUUUUAUAUUGAUACAUUAGUUGGGGUUUAUUACGCAAUACAAUUUUGUAAUUAUUUAUAUCUACAUAAUUUAAAAUAUAA